CCCGCCCGGCCGCCUCGCCUCCUCCGCGGCCGGCCCCCCUCGCAGCUGCGCGGCCGCCGACACCGAGGCAGGUGCGAGCCAUGGAGGGCAACCGCGACGAGGCGGAGAAAUGCGUGCAGAUCGCUCGCGAGGCCCUGAGCGCCGGCAACCGCGACAAGGCCCAGCGCUUCCUGCAGAAGGCCGAGAAGCUGUACCCGCUGCCGGCCGCGCGCGCAUUAUUGGAAAUAAUUAUGAAAAAUGGAAGCACUGCUGGAAAUAGCACACAUUGCCGAAAACCCGCAGGGAGUGGUGACCAGAACAAGCCCACCUGCACAAAGGACAGCACCCCGGGUAGGGGCGAAGGUGGAAAAGUCUACACCAAGGACCAAGUAGACGGAGUUCUCAGCAUAAACAAGUGUAAAAAUUACUAUGAAGUUCUUGGAGUUACAAAAGAUGCUGGUGAUGAAGAUUUGAAAAAAGCUUAUAGGAAGCUUGCUUUGAAGUUUCAUCCAGACAAAAACCACGCCCCUGGAGCCACGGAUGCUUUCAAAAAGAUCGGAAAUGCUUACGCAGUUUUAAGCAAUCCAGAGAAACGAAAACAGUAUGACCUCACAGGCAGUGAAGAACAAGCUUGUAAUCACCAAAACAACGGCAGGUUCAACUUCCACCGAGGCUGUGAAGCCGACAUAACUCCAGAGGACCUGUUCAAUAUCUUUUUUGGUGGCGGAUUCCCUUCAGGUAGUGUACACUCAUUUUCAAAUGGCCGGGCUGCUUACAACCACCAACAUCAGCACCGACACAGUGGACAUGAAAGAGAAGAAGAAAGAGCAGAUGGAGGGUUUUCUGUGUUUAUCCAGCUGAUGCCCAUUAUCGUAUUGAUCCUCGUGUCACUGUUGAGUCAGCUGAUGGUCUCUAAUCCUCCUUACUCCUUAUACCCCAGAUCUGGAUCAGGACAAACUAUUAAAAUGCAGACGGAAAACUUGGGCGUUGUUUAUUACGUCAGUAAGGACUUUAAAAGCGAAUAUAAAGGAGCACUAUUACAAAAGGUAGAAAAGAGCGUGGAAGAGGAUUAUGUGACUAAUAUUCGAAAUAACUGUUGGAAGGAAAGACAGCAGAAAACAGAUAUGCAGUAUGCAGCAAAAGUGUACCGUGAUGAGCGGCUGCGGAGGAAGGCGGAUGCGCUCAGCAUGGACAACUGCAAAGAGCUAGAGCGACUGACCAGUCUCUACAAGGGGGGAUAAGCCGGAAGUCCCGCCUACUCCUCCCGAUGGACUCUGUCUUUUCUGUAAUUUCAUUUCGCCGUGAAGUCGAAGAUUUGAUUAAAGACUAAACUGAGUAGUUGACUCCCGAAAUCUUGGACUGUUAAUGACCUACUGGCUCAUUUCAAUAGUAAGAACUGAAAACUAAAUAUUUUAGUAUGCUUCCGCAAUUACUUUCACUUUAAAACCUUACAUGAUCCCUUAUGAUGUCUGGAGAGGAUUAUCACACCUGUAGCAAUUGCCAGUUUUAGUGAUUCUCCAUUAUUCCUUUGCCAUGUAAAUAUUUUAGAAUGAUUUUGUGUAUAUAUGAGCGCUUGCCUUUUAUUUAAAUUAUUUUAGCGUUUAGCUCCAUGAGACACUUGGUUUAGGCUGAUGGAAUGAAUGUCUAUGACAGUCACAUUUUCCAGUAGGUGUUUGGGUGUGUGGAGUUUAAACAACAAAAGUUUCUCAAAAAGAAAAAGCAAAACUUUAUAUAAAAUCUUUUAUCAGCGUAGAAGGAAUUGACAUUUUAAUAUUGUUCUUAUAUUCCAGAAUAUGUAAUGAGAUAAAUGAGCUGGUGUAUACUAUCAGUAUGCUCUUUAGUUUUAUGAAUUGCUAAGCCAUACAUAGGAACAAAAUGCUAUAAGAUAGAUUUUAAAGAAAAUAUGAUAAGUAUUAUGCUAAAUGCAUUUUCAAUGGUAAAUUGCAAUUAUGCCAUUCACAAUUGUGGUAAUUAAAAGUUAGCCCCAAAUAUUCAUUUAUGUGUCUUUCAAGGCUACUGAAGCUUACGAAGCAAAAGAUGAACUCUCUUCCCAUGGAAAUUCAGUUUCAUGGAGAUAACUGAAGCAGGACCCCAAAGCAAAUGGAUUCUUCUACAAUAAGUAAUAAGAACAAAAUGACCACCAACACACAGCUUUGUGCCUUCCAACUGCAGCUGGCUUCCUUGACAUCACAUGACCUGUUGGGUCACACACAGCCCUGAGCAGGGAUAGAGCAGAGCUAGUGCAGUGACUGACGGCAUGUCAUCCUCAGAGCAGAGCUACAGCAGUGACUGACGGCAGGUCAUCCUCAGAGCAGAGCUACAGCAGUGACUGACAGCAAGGUGUCCUCAGAGCAGAGCUACAGCAGUGACUGACGGCAGGUCAUCCUCAGAGCAGAGCUACAGCAGUGACUGACAGCAAGGUGUCCUCAGAGCAGCAGCUACAGCAGUGACUGACAGCAAGGUGUUCUCAGAGCAUUCUGAGCUAAGCUCCACUUAGCACCAGGCAACUCAUCAGAUCACUAGAAUAAGCUCCUUGUAACCAAAUCUGUAAUAUAUGGUGGGAAAACACAGCUGGGACUUGAAGUUUUGGUGCUUAUUGGGUUUGAAAUGAUUUCUGGUCUUCUGUGUGUAACGAUAGUGAUGGCUUAAUGGUUUUGCUUCUUACAGUUAAAGAAGUACAAACACAUUUUUGGUGGCUUGUUGUCAUUGCCCCUGCCCCAAUCCCUUACUCGAGAACUAGAACGUUAGGUAGAGUGGCUGUGCUUUUGCUUAAGGAUUCUUUUCUAAAUACUGCCAAUUAUGUCAUCUGUUGAGUUUUCUUUAAAACGGUCUCUUGUGUCCUGUUGUCAGACCCUUCAGUAUAUACUUGAUUAUAAUAGUGGGCUAAAUUACACACAUUGUUUUAGAAGUCUGGACCCCUAACCAUGUCUAGAAACAUGACCUUUAAAAAUAGGAGUGCUACAAAGAAAGUAAAGUUUUCACAUAAUACAUUUAAUGUGACACUAUCAAAAUGCUGUAUAUCUCGUCAUCUUUAGUAAGAACCUUUUCCUCACCAUCUAUUCAUAUUUUUAUUACUCUCUAAAGUUGAAUCUUGACUCUAGAUCCUGAGGAAUAAUUUCAAAGGACCAUGUCCCACAGUGACUGCCUCUACCUCUUCAGUAUGUAUCUUGUCAAUUUUGAUCACCUCGUACAUGGAUUCUUCUGCCUGCUCUCAUGAAGGCCAAGGGUUGACAUAGGAAUCACUGCUCUUUGCUUGGAAUAGACCUGGAGCUGAGUUUUACACUAGUGCCACGCUCACAAUCCCAGGGUUCUCUGGACCAUGUUCUCAGAGCCUUCCAAGUUCUGUUCUGCUUCCUUCAGCAAACUUCCAGUCUGACAAUUGGCCUGCGUUAGUGUUGUUUAGUUUGUGUGAAUGGUUUUCUAAGGUUGCAUGCCUCUGAACAUAGCUGUUUGUAUUUUUCCACUUCUCUUUCACUAGAAUCUUCUUCACCUGCCAUUUCAGCAUUCCAUUCGCAGAUUUCUGAAUUGCACCGAGCCAUUAUUAUUCCUUUAAUUUCAUUGCAUUUUUGUCACCUGAUGAUCUUGUUCUCUGGUACAAGAUGAUGAGGGAUAAUGCAUCUCAGAGUCGUCUGGUCCUUGAGGGGGCUGCCAUGCUGCUUCAGUGAUGCUUGCUUGCUCAUUCUGUCACUCUAUUUUUCUAUUUUGAGUCUUACUAUGUAGCCCUGGCUUGCUGGAACUCUCAAUGUAGACCAGGCUGGCCUGCAACUCAGAGAUUAGUCUGCGCCCCAUCCCCACUCAUGCUGGAAUUAGUGGCAUAUACACCCAAAUCUGGUAAUAAAGUGGGGUUUUUUGUUUUGUUUGUUUUGUUUUUUGUUUUUCUGAGACACGGUUUCUCUGUGUUGACCUAGCUGUCCUGGAACUCACUCUGUAGACCAGGCUGGUCUUAAACUCACAGAGAUCCAUCUGUCUCUGCUUCCUGGGUGCUGGGAUAAAAGGUACAUGUGCUACAACCACCUGGCUGUAAUGUUUAUUUUCAUUACGAGGAAUAUGUAGUUUUCCAUUUCCCACGAAGAUCAUGGGACUCAUGUUUAACACAGUCAUUGAAGUAUCUGUUUCAAAUUCUCUAGUUGUUAAAGCUCUGUGACAACCAAAUUCUUGAGUUUCCUGCUCAUGUAAGUUCUUUUCUCUUACUUUUAAGAAUUUCUUCAGUCCACUGCACUUUUAAAGUCUUCGUUCUUUUAAAGAAUGACAUGUUGUAUACACUGUUUCAACUCAGUGACUUUCUUCUGAAGCCAGACUUGCACUGAUCAUCUCCAUCCGUUCAGCCCCCCCCCCCCCCCUUGCUGUUAGCAGUCUUUAACUUAGAACACUCAGCUUCAGACUUUGUGAAUGAGUCAGCCUCUGGGCAUUCCUUGAUUUUUGCAACUGUUUGAAAUUGUUUUAUCAUAAAUUUUAUUUAUUCUUAUGCUUAUGGUGGUGGUGGUAUGUGUGUGUGUGUGUGUGUGUGUGUGUGUGUGUGUACCAAGAGAGAUCAGAGAACAACUUGCAGGAGUUAGUUCUCUUUUUGUACCUUGUUCAAUCUGUGGAUUUAGCUGGAGUCCUCAGACUUGUGCAGGAAGUAUUUUAUCACUGAGCCAUCUCACCAGCCCUCAGAUUCUUUUAAUUUCAAGGUAGUGUCCUCAGAGAGACUUCAGCCUCUUCAUUAUAUAGCUCUUUCUCCCUGGCAACUAUGCUUAAUUUUUUUUUUUCAUUUACUCCCUUCGUUUUUCAAGAACUGUUUUAUUAGCACAUAUUAAUUAUAUAUGACAUUUGGGUUUCAUUAUGACAUUUUCAUACACACAUGUAUAAUACCAUCAUCUUCACUCCUCAUGACCCUCUCCUGUUCCCCUCCUACUCCACUGAUCCUCUUCUUUUUGUCUUUUUGUUGUUGCUGAUGAUGAUCAUGGUGACCCAAAGAGUUUUCAUUAUGGUUGCAUGUAGAGCAUGGGUGAGGGGUUAUUUACAGAAACAUAGGCACAUUCCCAGCACUUGCAACCCCGAAGAAAAUGUCUCCCUCCUUCAUUAACCACAACUACCUAUAAAUGCUCAGGGUGGGGUGCAGCCUCAUGAGCCCCUCCUGCUUCACAGCAGGAUGUAGAUUGGCCCAACCUUACAGCGACCAUGUGUAGAAUCACAGUGUGAUGACUAUGUCAUAGCCAGAAAACAGCGUUCCACAACACGUCACCACUUCUUGCAUUAUUCCCACCCCGCCCCCAUUCUGUAAUGUUCUCUGAGCCCCAGAGGGGGUAAUGCAGAUGUCCCACUUAUGCUGAGCACUCAAUAAUCAUAUCUUCUCAUUACUGUGACCAUUAUGAGCUCCGAAGUCACUUCUGCCCACUACAAAAACAAGUUUCUCUGGCAGUAGCUGGCUGCGGCUCUCACCUAUGGCACAAAACAUAGCAAGCAGUUUGUUGCCUUUUUAUCUGAAUGGAAACCUGCACUUGCCAGGCUCUGUCUCCACUUCCGAAUGCUCUGUGGCCCUCCCGGUUCUGCAUCUGCUAGUCUUGACGUGCCCCUGCCUUCCCACUCUUUCUCUUUUUCUGCAAAGUAGUUCAUUGUGCUCUUCGUAGUUUCUAUUUGCCUUUCAUUGGAUUAAAAAUACAGAAACGUCACGAAUUGUCGUGUCGUCCUUGCAUGGGGCCACGCUGAUCUCUGAAUCGUCCUGCUGCCAGUACACGUACUGCAGAAGGAGUGCACGCCAUAGAAGUCUCCACAUUAUCUUGAGCCUGUAGAAUAAUCACUUAAAAUAGAGCAUUCGAAGUAACUUUGAAAGCUCAUAUCUAUCAGGAAAUUUGUAGGAACUUGAAUGAAAGUUUUUAAGCUAUUUUUUCCAGUUUUAGUGGGAAAUUUACAUUAAUGUGAUUGAUAUUUACAUGAACCAAACCUACUUACAUCCCAUCUUUAAAGGGAUAGAGAAGAUAGGUCAGGUAAUCAGAUGGAGAGAAGCUAACAUAGCAUAGUCACAUGACUUGGACAGUAUUGUUUCAGGUUCAUUGCUGCAUUCCAUCACAUUUAUGACAUUAUGGAAUAGAUUAAACAAAACUUGGAAAUAGCCGUUGGCAUGGUUGGCUGAGUGCCUGGUCUCUUAAGCUACAUAUAAAGUAUGUCAGUAAAAACUGAGUCCUUAAUGGUGCCUCUGUUGUGGAAAAUACUACCUAGUGGCUUUGAAUUUCAUUUUAUUUGUAUUUAUAUUGCUUGAGCUGAAGGAUUUUUAGGUUUGCUACUUACUCUCGUGAUACAAACUCCAAUAUUUUCCUGUCUUAUAGCUACACAAAGUUUAAUUUUAUUUGAUCACCCUCAUCUUUUCCCAGUAGCUUUUACCUUUGCAUAUUAAUUAGGUUUCUAAGUGUUUUAUUUGUUUUGUUUUGUUUUUUGAAGUUUGGGAACAGUAGCUCUACUUGUCAGUAAUCGACAUUUUCUCCAUUUACAUGUAGAGCAGCAUGCCCACAGGCUCACACACACACUUUGGAGGAAAGAAAGCAGCGCUUCUCCUCCCUUUGAUUACCUUCUUCCUGAAUACACUGACAGUUAGUUAUUUAGUCUUCUUUGAAGUCUUAGGAUUUUUUUUUGACCAAAUUGGCUAAUUGAACACUGAGAAAUCUCAAGGUUUCCAUCUAAUAAGUGAAAACAACAUUUUGAGACCUGACUGCAUUUGAGUGCAUAAUCAUUUCAUAACCACCACAUGCUUAUUUAUGAUUUUCAAAUGAUAAUUUUGCUAAGGAAAAUCAAGGUCCUUAAAGAACAUAUGGGGUGUGUGUGUGUGCACAUGCUCGUGCAUCAGAGUACUCUGUUGUGUGUCAGCUCGGGUGUUCAUAAGAACAGGAAUGUGCAAUGCUAGCCCUUAAUUCCAAAUGCACUAUUAUGCUUCAUUUUUUCUUGCUGUUCAAACUUUUACACUAACGUGGUAAACUAAAAUGAAGUUUUGCUCUCCUUAUCUGUAUUAGGAAUAUUUGAAAUGCAGCUGUUGAUGGAGUUGUUACUGUGUUCUGAGACAUUUAAUUUAAACUCCCACCUUUUAAAGCAGUGAAAUAUUUAUUGGUAAGCCAGAGGGCCAUGUGAGCUGAGCCACCCUUUCGAUUAGGCAAGUAUUGUCACAAAGGACCAAAUGGUUUAAAAAGGAGUGAGUGUCUGCUUAACUUCUCCACUUGAUGUAUGAGUCUGGCCAUCUUUUAAUUGAGUGAGACAAACUGAAAGGAAACCCAUAACAUUUUUUAUUAUCUGUAUAGAAAGUGUAUGAAAAUACACAGCCUGAAUUUUAAUCAUGAGAUGGCUAAAAACCCUUGUAGCCAUAUCAGAGUAGGUAAAAUCAUUAAAAUGCUCUGUAAACCAAUGAAAAUAAAAGAAUAGCCUGACAAUAACCUCCAUAUUUUGUUUUUUUCUAAAACCCAGUUUCCAUUACAAAUCAAACACAGGCAUGGUAGCUCAUACAUGUAGUCCCAACACUUAGUAGACUGAGUGAGACAGAGAAAUUAUGGAUUUGAGGCCAGCCUGGGUACCUUGUAAGGCUGUCUCAAAUACAAUAAAAACAAAAGCAGAGAGAACCAGGUUGUUCAAACAAUUCUUGCACAACCUUUAAUAAUCUGGUAGACUUCAUAGUCCUGAGUCCAGGUUUCCCUUUUAGUUUCAUUUCUAUAAGACAGAUAUUUUCAUAUAAAUGGAAACAUUUUUUCCUCAAAGCAAUUAUUCAGAACAUGCUCCUUAUAUUAAGGAUUAUGUAACCACAUUUUUGUAAAUGCCCCCCUGUGUAACUUUUUCCUAUUAUGUGAUUCUUUUUCAAUUAAUUUGAUCUUCUGCUGGUGUAGGGGCCAAUAGAUUUGUGAAUAUUUUGUGAAUGUGUCCAUGUAUAAGUGUGUAUAUAUAUAUAAAUGUAUAUAUUUUCCAGCUAAUACCUCAGAUGUGUGAUUGUUUAAUAACUACCAUAAUGUUUGCACAGAGCAGGGCUUCCAUUAGUAGUAGGUAUUCUUAUUUAAAAAUUUGGCUGUCAGUAAACAGAAUUUCAUUGGCGUGAAGUCAUUCAGUUGAUUUCCAUGUUCUAAUACAGAUUUCCUAUUAUAAGGCCCAUGUGUUGAAUAAAAAUGUAUCUUUCCAAAUCUGGUAACCCUGAAGUGGUUCUUGAAAAGUCCUGUUUUAAUAAGUUAUUAAAACGUGGGGUGACUGGUUGCUGAGAUGACUAAUAACUGCAUAGAGGCAACAGACACCUGAUGCAAGUGCCAGCAAUCCUGCUGGUUUCAUCAUGAGAUUCUGCUUAGCUUUCCAAUGGUACCGUUAACACUGGAAGGGAUAAUGAGCGGCACUAGCAUUUUCAACAUUGCCUUCAAAAUGAACUGAGUUGAGUGACUACAGUAAGAAAGAAGCAAUUGGUAUUUGUAACUUAUUUAUAUUAAAAAGUACUUUGUUUCUGCUUUAAUUAUGGUCUUUAGAUUGCUCUGUGAGACUUUCCAUUUAAAGUUUUACUUUAUUUAUUUUUUUCUAAGAUGUGGUAAUUUCCAAGGUGUGAUACAGAUUUUCAAGGUCUGGCAAGAUUUUAAUGGAAGCCUUGUGUUAGUAAAAUGAAGUGCUAUGGUAAAGGAUGUCAAGAUCACAUAAUUAGGUUUAAAAAUGAAAGGUCUGAUUUGUAAAAAUUUAAUGUUAUAUCAGACUUAUAUAAGAUUUCCUGAGAGAACUCUCAUGCUGCUUUUGAUUUUUAAUGAAUGUUCUAAUGAGUGGUUUAUGAAUUUUUGUCUUUCAGUCUCUGUAAUUUAUCUCAACAUAAUAAUAAAAAGAACGGAUGUUCUCACCAUAAAA